AUGAACUCUAGAGGAAACAAUCGGAGUUUGAACAGCGAAGAUGUCCCUAAAACUUAUUCUAUUUGGCCAUUUGCACCAGUGUAUUUACUAUAUAGAGAUGAGGCGAAAAGAGGAGGGACUGCCCCAGGGCCUUGUGUAAGCUCACUUUCGUGUUAUCCUCAAAAAAUGCCAGUUAGCUCACAAAAGUAUUCUGUCAAUUCUAUGAAUUCUCUGCAAGGAGUGCCUUUUUCUCAUGAAAAUAAUAAGAUUUCUGUAAGAGGAUCUGGGUGGAAUUCUUCAAUAGCAGGUCCUAUAAAGGCAAGCUCGCUUUUAAUGCCAGAUGACAAACCAAAAACUGCAAAACAUGCAGAGGUCAUUAAGCGUCCAGUAACUUUUGGCUUCAAAAUAUCAGGAUUAGAAAAAAUCAGUGAAACACCAGCUUCUAGAGAAGUAGAUCAAAGAAAAUUAAGACCUUUAUCUCAGCAUAAAGAUCCUCCAAAAGCCUUAGGUUUAUAUUUACCUCCAGGCACUUGUACACCUCCAGACACACGUUCGCUUAUGUCAGACAAAUGCUGAAAUUCAAGAUCAAAAAGAGGCGAAUCCCGAAACGAUCAACAUAAUAUAGAAAAAAGGAUUGAGCCUCCUAAUACUGCUUUCCCAAUUUGUGAAGAGCAUGAAAGACCAAAAACUCAAGGAAGGCCAAGAACAAAAAUAAGAAACAAAGGACCUAUGAAAAGUCCUGCGUUUGAUGAUAAUAUGUUUAAGAGACCUGCUAGUGGCAAGUUAUAUGAUGUACCUAUAAUUAUCAAUAGAGACGAGAAAAUAAGCAGAAGGGUUUUAAGUGCGAAUUUGACAGCUGGAAGAUCACCUAAUAUGAGGCAGCCAUCAUUUAAAACUACUCCACAGUUUCAGUCAUCCCUGGAUUCGGGGUUUUUAAACUUAUUCAAUAUGUAA